AUGCAGAAGGUUGGCGACGAUGAACCUCCCCACACAAUCCCGCACCAACCAAGCGGCCUCCCCAAUGAACGGCCCAACGUCGUGAUCUUCAUGCCAGACCAGCUCCGCUACGAUGCCCUACAUUGCACCGGGAUGAACCCAGUCGUACAGACACCACAGAUAGACAAAUUUGCGUCUCGAGGUGUCCGCUUUUCAGAAUGUUAUGUCCAAGCAUCUGUAUGCUCGCAGUCGCGCUGCUCAAUGUUCACGGGGCUCUACCCGCACGUGUCUGGGCAUCGAUCAUUGGAGAACCUCAUCAAGCCCUGGGAGCCGAAUCUCUUUCGCUCAUUAAAGGAUGCUGGGUAUCAUGUUGCGUGCAUGGCGCCGAGAGGAGAUCUGUUUGCUCCAACUGUCACUGAGCUGAGCUUGACUGAGUAUGGGUUUUUGGAGCCGCCCGAGGUCACGAAGAUUAUUGGAAAGAAUGGGAAUGAGCGACCUGAGGAUGAGAUUAGUAUUUGGGAACGACUGUUUUAUAAAGGUCGGAGGGAUGUGAGCAAGGCGGUCGAUUACGAUGAGGCUGCUGUUCGGGGUGCGGAGCAGUGGCUGGAGUGUCCCCCGGAUGACAAGCCCUGGGUGUUAUUUUUGCCUCUGCUGUUUCCUCAUUGUCCUUUCACGGUCGAGGAGCCUUAUUUCUCGAUGUAUAAACGAGAAGAGAUGCCAGCUCCAUCUUCGCAUAAGGAGAAGACAGGCUAUGAGCCAACAUAUAUGCAAAUGAUCCGCGAAAGACACGGCACACACCGUGCAACCCCCGAGAUCUGGGCGGAAGUGGCCUCCACCUACCAUGGCAUGAUAUCACGAUUGGACGACCAGUUCGGCCGCAUCAUGGACAAGAUCGACGCUACGGGGCUGUGGUCCAAGACCAUCACCAUGUUCUUCACGGAUCACGGGGAAUAUCUUGGCGAUCACGGCCUGAUUGAAAAGUGGCCAAGCGGGUUAUCCGAGACCCUGGUUCGGGAGCCCCUGAUCAUCGCUGGGGGUGGCAUCCCUGCCGGCCUCGUGCGCGACAGUAUGACAGAGAUGGUCGACCUGGUGCCAACUAUCCUGCAGCUCUGUGGCAUCGACGAGACCUUUCCUCACAACGGAAUGUCGCUGCUGCCCGCUAUCUUGCAUGAUCAGCCACAUCGGGAGUAUUCCUUCUCGGAAGGAGGGUUCCUGCUUUCGGAAGAACCGCUGCUGGAGAACGCUUCGUUUCCGUAUGAUAUCAAGUCUGGCCUGCAGCACGAAGACACUCGAUUGGUUGGGAAGGCGAUCUCCAUGCGAGACAAGCACUGGACGUAUAUCUACCGGUUGUACGAACCGGCGGAGUUGUAUGACCGCCACGCCGACCCCAAGGAACUGCACAACCUUGCGGCCGAUCCGCAGUAUGUGCACCAGGCUCGGCUUAUGGAGAGUCGCAUGUUCCGCUGGAUGGUUGAGACGAGUGAUUUCCUGCCGUAUACUAAGGAUGGACGAUUCCCUAAGGUAGAUUUGCCGGAUCCCAAGACGUUGCUGGAUGAGCGGAAGGAAAGGCGUCGGAACGGAGACAGCGAUGGAUUGUUGAGUGCAUAG